CUAAGCAGUUAGUGAUUACUGAAUGAGCCUCGGUGUUUGGCUUGGUCUGACAAGUUUCCCUGUACGAUCAUGGCGGUGGGAGUGACUAGUUAGCAGACACAUUAGUAGAAAGUUGCAGCUCACUAAGCGCCUGUUUCAGGUAGGCUACACUUGGGGCCUGGUGCUUUGGCAAAUGUAGGGACGUGAAAAGUGUCCCAUUUUCCCCUCUUAAUGAUUCGACAGCCAGUCAAAGUCUACACUGGAAAUACGGACACAAGAGUAAAGAUGAACAGCCUGUCCUUUGACGAUCCUUCGUUGGAUAAUCUGGAUCCAACACUGUCGCUGAAUGACCCCAGCGAUAUUGACACGGCCCUCUUAAGCGACAUUGAUGAUAUGCUACAGCUCAUCAACAACCAUGACAUGGAGUUUACAGGACUCUUUGAUAACCCUCCAUAUGCAGGGCCCCCACCCACCCAAGAGCUUCCUGGUUUGACCCAGUCCAUCGCCUCAACUGCCCCCCCAACCACCACUACCACACCUCCAUCUUCAUCUUCCUCUUCCAUCCUAAGCAGUAGUCCCCACCUGGAUGCACUCCUGGGCCCUCCCAUCACCCGUAGCUCCUCCACCCCAGACAAGGCCUUCCAGCCGCCCACUUUCCAGCAGUCCCCCUUGGCCCAGGUACACAACUCCACCCCACGGCAGCAGCCAGCCUCCCCUCAGCAGGCUCAGACCCUCAGACAGGCCCAGGUGGAACAGUCCCAACCCGUUCUCAGCCCGCCUGCCCCGGCCCCGGCAGCUUCACCUCAUGGCUCACCAGGACCAAGCCCAGCGUUCAGCUCCACGCCCCAAGCUCUCUUCACCUCGCCUGCACCCCAGACCCCGCUUCAGCCCCAGCCACAGAGACAACUUCCGACCCAGGCUCAGUCGCAACCAGCCCGGACCAACUACAGCAGCCAGAACAGCUACCCAGCUGGCAGCCUGGGCAGCGUGAGUCAACCCGCCAGCAGUUUGUCAUCCUCACCUCCAAGUAUUCAGCCAGUGGCCAUCCAGACUCAGCUCCAAGGGCUGACUACCACCUCUUCUCUGCUGGCCACGUCAGCAAGCCCACCCGCUCAAACCAUCGCACCCCACGUACAGCAAGUACCUGUGUUGCUGCAGCCCCAGUUCAUUAAGGCUGAGUCUCUGCUGCUGACCACUUUGAAACAUGACCCCUGCAUGGUCACUACUGUGGCCUCUCCCACAUCCCUGGCCACCACCACCCCAGUACAGAGCACCUCACUGCAGGCUUUUAUGGGCGGUGGCACCAUCCUGACCACGGUGCCAGUCAUGGUGGACGCUGAGAAGCUGCCGAUCAACCGCAUCGCCAUCAGCGGUAAGCCGGCCAGCCAGCCUCACAAGGGGGAGAAGCGCACUGCCCACAACGCCAUCGAGAAACGCUACCGCUCCUCCAUCAACGACAAAAUCGUGGAGCUCAAAGACCUGGUGGCUGGUACUGAGGCUAAGCUCAACAAGUCUGCGGUGCUGAGAAAAGCCAUCGAUUACAUCCGUUACCUGCAGCAGGCUAACCAGAAACUCAAACAGGAGAACAUGGCUCUUAAAAUGGCAGCCCAGAAAAACAAGUCUCUCAAGGAUCUGGUUGCCAUGGAGGUAGAUGGACAGUCUGAUGUGAAGAGCGAGCUGCCCACCCCGCCAGCUUCUGACGUGGGCUCCCCGACUUCUUUCUCACACUGUAGCAGUGACUCAGAGCCUGACAGUCCGAUGGGGGAAGACACCAAGCCAAAUUUGGGUGUGUUGGACAGAUCGACAGGAGGCGGCAGCGCUGGUGGCAUGUUAGACCGUUCCCGCAUGGCGCUGUGCGCCUUUACCUUCCUUUUCCUUUCCCUCAACCCUCUGGCCGCUUUGCUUUGUUCAUCCGGCAGCAGCUCAGCUGGAAGCGCUGCAGCCACCACCACCCAUCACGCAGGCAGGAGCGUUUUGGGUGUGGAUAUUGCAGCGGACACGUGGGGUUGGAUGGACUGGAUGCUACCCACUAUACUUGUUUGGCUACUGAAUGGUAUUCUGGUGUCUGGAGUUCUGAUUCGUCUGUUGGUGUACGGAGAACCUGUAACCAGACCACACUCUGGAUCCUCUGUUUUGUUCUGGAGGCACCGCAAGCAGGCUGACCUGGACCUGGCCAGAGGGGAUUUUGCCCAGGCCAGUCAGAACCUGUGGACCUGUCUAAAGGCCCUCGGUCGGCCUUUACCCACCUCCCAGUUGGACUUGGCCUGUGCUGCGUUGUGGUCUCUGCUAAGAUUCUGCCUCCAGCGCCUCUGGGUGGGCCGCUGGCUGGCUGCCAGAGCUGGAGGGCUGCGAUCUGCACGCUCCCUGCAGGAGGAUGCUUGCAAAAGCAGCCGCGACGCCGCCCUGGUUUACCACCGCCUGCACCAGCUUCAUAUGACAGGUAAAUUGAAUGGAAGCCACCUGUCAGCAGUGCACAUGGCUUUAAGUGCAGUGAACCUGGCAGAGUGUUCUGGUUCCUGUCUGCCUGUAGCUACUCUGGCUGAGGUCUACGUCUCUGCUGCUCUACGGGUCAAAGCCAGCCUGCCAAGGAUCCUGCAUUUCACCUCCCGUGUGUUCCUGAGCAGUGCUCGGCAGGCGUGCCUGUCGUCCAGUGGCAGUGUGCCUCCAGCCAUGCAGUGGCUUUGUCACCCUCUAGGUCACCGCUUCUUUGUGGAUGGGGAUUGGGCUAUUCGCAGCAUUCCUAAAGAAAGCAUCUAUAGUCAAGCUGGCAAUACUGUGGAUCCUCUGGCCCAGGUGACUCAGGCAUUCAGAGAGCACCUCUUGGAGAAGGCUCUGUACUGCGUGGCCCAGCCUAAUGGAGAGAAAAGUCCCAGCCAGGGCGAGGGGGAGUAUGCUGAUGCCCUGGAGUACCUCCAGCUGUUGAUUAGCGCAUCCGAUGCGGCUGGUGCCACAUCCCAGUCCUUUGCGAUCGGCUCCAACAUGGCCACUGUGACUGGCUGCGACCCCCACUCCAAGUGGUGGUCCUCGGUUGCCGUGGUGAUCAUCAACUGGCUCCAAGGAGAUGACACUGCGGCAGAGAGACUGUAUCCGACUGUUGAGCACCUGCCCCGCAGUCUACAGAACGCAGAGAGUCUUCUGCCCAAGGUGUGUCUGAACACAUUCAGGGCAGUUCGAGCUCUGCUGUCCAAGCCAGAAAACUGCCAGCUGAGUCUGAGCUACAGCGACAAGGCCAGCGCCCUGCUCCGAGACAGCCUCAACCUAGGACCACACUGCCACAGCUCCAGUUUAGACAAGGUCAUCCAGUUGCUCUUGUGUGAUCUGCUGUUGGUGAUGAGGACCAAUGUGUGGCGUCUGCAGCAACAAGGGGCCGGUCCUGCGGGGUCAGGGUCGGUGGGUACCAGCGUCCGUGCAGGGGUCCACCAGGCCUCACCACCAGAGCUCCAAGGCUUUCAGCAAGAUCUCAGCUCCCUACGCAAACUGGCACACAGCUUCAGACCUGCGAUGCGAAGAUUGUUCCUCCAUGAAGCUACAGCCAGGUUGAUGGCGGGGGCCAGUCCCACCCGCACACAUCAGCUCCUGGAUCGCUCACUGCGACGCAGAGCAACGCCUGGAACAAAGACAGAGGAGUGCGAGACGCGACCCGGCCAGCGGGAGCAAGCGGAGGCCGUGAUGCUUGCGUGCCGCUACCUUCCUCCCUCCUUUCUGUCGGCUCCCGGCCAAAGGGUAGGCAUGCUCGCAGACGCAGCCCGCACCCUGGAGAAGCUGGGAGACAAGAGGACCCUCCAUGACUGCCAGCAAAUGAUCAUCAAGCUGGGCAGUGGCACCACUGUCACCAACAGCUAAAGAGAAGGGGGUGGGGGG